AAAAUUUGGAUUUAAUAAACUGUUGGCACGUGCUGGAAUUAUUUGUUUUUUGUUAAGAUAUUUUUAUUUAAAUUAAUUGCAUAUAUUUCAAAAGCUUUGCAUAAAAAUGUCCCGUAAAAAAUGGACAGAUUUGAACAAAGACAAGCAAAUAUUGUCUGUGCCAACUUUAGAAAUAAUCGAACUAAUGGGAUUCAAAACAAUGACACCAGUACAAGCAGCAACAAUUCCAUUAUUAUUAGCGCAAAAAGAUGUCUCUGCUGAAGCUGUUACAGGAUCUGGUAAAACGCUAGCUUUUAUUGUACCACUUAUUGAAAUAUUACAACGUCGACAUCAAGAGAAUCCUUGGUCAAAAAAUGAAAUUGGAGCUCUAAUUAUAUCACCAACACGUGAGCUUGCCUCGCAAAUUUCUGAUGUUUUAAGUACGUUUUUGGAGAAUACCGCAUUUCAGCACUUACGUCAAAAACUUAUUGUGGGCGGUAACAACAUUGAAGAAGACAUUUUAUCUUUGAAAAAAGAUGGUCCUUGCAUUUUAGUUAGCACUCCAGGACGCUUAGAUGACUUAUUUCAAAGAAAAAGUAAUCUAAACCUUUCUGCUAGAGUUAAAAGCUUGGAAUUACUUAUACUAGAUGAGGCAGACCGCCUACUAGAUUUGGGCUUCCAUUUAACCAUCAAUAAUAUACUUAAUUAUUUACCACGUCAAAGACGUACCGGUUUAUUCUCAGCUACACAAACAACUGAAGUAACUAAUUUAAUACGUGCUGGACUACGUAAUCCGGUGUUAGUGUCUGUAAAAGAAAAGUCAACUAUUAACACUCCCGUUCGUCUACUAAACUUUUAUAAAAUUGUAGAACCUCAAGAAAAAUUUAUUGCCCUUUUAAAUUUUCUAUCAAAUUCAGCUACCGAUGGCAAAGUUAUGAUAUUUUUCCCAACGUGUGCUUGUGUUGAAUAUUGGAUAGAAGUUUUGCCAAUUUUUAUAAAAAAAAGGACCAUAUUGGGAAUUCAUGGCAAGAUGAAAUCGAAACGCAAAAAUGUAAUAGAACGAUUCCGUACAGAAGGUAAGGCUAUACUUCUCUGUACAGAUGUUCUUGCUAGAGGUUUAGAUGUACCUGAAAUUGAUUGGGUGUUACAAUGGGAUCCACCAUCGAAUGCAGCUAGUUUCGUUCAUCGUGUUGGCCGCACAGCUCGACAGGAGCAGUAUGGCAAUGCUUUAGUAUUUCUACUACCAAGUGAAGACGCCUAUAUAACAUUUUUAAAAAUAAAUCAAAAAGUCCAAUUACGCGCGUUAGAAAACUGUGAUUUCGACUCAAUUGAACUUAAAUCAACAUUAAAGAAAAUUCACACGUUACAGGUUUCAGAUAAAGCCAUUUACGAUAAAGCGGUGAGAGCUUUUGUUUCACAUGUACGUGCCUACACCAAGCACGAGUGUAAUGCAAUUUUGCGACUAAAAGAUCUUGACUUAGGCGCUAUGGGUACAGCAUAUGGCCUACUACAAAUGCCACGUAUGCCAGAAUUAAAAAAAUACAAUUCCGACAGUUUCAUUUCUCCUGAAAUUGAAUUUGAUAUUACGAAACUAACAUAUAAAAAUUCGCAGAAAGAACGAGUAAGGCAAGAAAAGGUGAAAACUUUUGAAGUAACUGGAGAGUGGCCAGGAAAGAAAAAAUUCAAAAAGCAAACGGAAGCUUGGGACAACACAAAAACUGCAAAAUUAAAUGCAAAAACUAAAAAAGAAUUACGAAAGGCGAAAAAACAAAAGAAGAAAGAUGCAGAAACUGCUGAUAACGUUCCAAAGGCAAAAAAACGGAAACAACAAUAUACACAGGAGGAUUUGGAUGAACUAGCAAAUGACAUCAGACUUUUUAAAAAAUUAAAGAAAAAUAAAAUCUCGGAAGAAGAUUUUAGUAAAGAAAUGGGUAUUGAAGAUGAUAUUUAA